AUGGAUUCUCCGGUUACAGCCGCCCUUGCUGAAAUUCUCCAAAUAUUGGGGGCCCGAGUGAUUAGAUGGAAUGCGCGUGGGAUAGGCCAGAGUAGCGGAAGGUCCGAAUGGUCUAGUUGGCCGGCGUGGGUAGGCCAGGAUAAUUGCUCGGAUUACAAGGACAUUUUCCGGGAAGAAGUCGUACGAUUCCUGGACGAAUUCCCUUAUGCCCGUGACUGUGAUCUACUCGUUUGCGGAUACUCCUGUGGAGCUAUUUAUGCCACCACCAUUCGUAUGCCAAAUGACCUCGCAGAUCGAUGCUCAAAGAUAUUCAACCCUAUCCGAUACAUCCUAGUAUCUUACCCAAUCGCUGUUUCUCCCGUUCUCGGUCUCUUCAGGACGGGGUGGUACUUCCGUGCACUGGAAGGUCUCAUUGGAGGCUCCUGGGAAGACUGUCAACACGAAGCACACGCGGAUGUGCUCAUCCUGAUGGGUAAAACAGAGCUCGGAUGGAAGUUAUCGCCAGUGCGGAUUUCGUAUAAUAUAUGGAUGAAAGUACUGAAUAGCAAGAGGCGCUCAGAACAGGGAAGGUUUGAGGCUAUUGUCGUUGAUGGGGCAAAUCAUGUUUGGAGGGGUAAGCUGUGGGCGCUCAAGGAGGAGGUGGAGAAAUGGCUAUGA